AUGACUCCAAAAGAGGCGACCGACGUAACACCAUUCCAGCUGAUAUACGGAGGAGAAGCGGUGGUUCCUGUAGAGGUUGAAGUAGAAUCCGACCCGAUGCGACUCUACGACGAGGCAAAUGGCGAGCGAAGGUUAAUGGAGCUCGACUUGGUGGAUGAAACGCAGGAUAAAGUGGUCGUUCAGCUAAUGGUCGGUGAUAUGGUGUGGAAGAAAAUCAAGUCAGUCGGCAACGUCACCAAACUUGAGGCACCAUGGGUGGGACCUUACAAGGUCGUACAGAAACUCCACUCGGGGGCCUAUUACUUGGAAAAUGAAAACGAGAGACGACUCAAGCAGUCGUGGAGCGCAAAUCAUCUCUAA